GCGCUCUCCUUCCUCCACGCGCAUGCGCCAGACGCGCGGUUUCCCUGGCAGCGGGGGUUGUUUUCGGCUAAACCACCUGCGCGGCGCUGCGGAGGGGGGAAGCGUUGCGUAAGGGAGAGCCCACUGGCGGGGGAGACGGUGAGGUGCCACCGAGGCGGACGGGCCCGAUCUUCGAGUCCAUGGACUAGUUGUGUUAAUUGAAGUUGUUAAUUACUUUGGAAAAAAAAACAAAAAAAAAAAAGAUGACUCCUGAGGAAGAAGCAGCUGUUCUGUUGAGCCUCCUUUAACUGAGGACUGAAAAUGCCAACAGUUGAAAGUGAGGCAAAAGCAAAAACCAAAGUUCGCUUUGAGGAAAUCUUCAGACAUCAUGCUGGCCUGGCGGACAAAAAGAAUUCAAGGAAAAAGAAGUCCCACUCUCAGGAGAAUAUUGUGCUUGACACUUUUAGAAGUAACAUCGAUCUAACAAAGGAAAGUGGGCAUGAUGAAGCAAUUAUAAACAACACGUACAAUCCUGAAGAAGAGAGUCCCCGAUUUACGAAAAAUAAACUCAGAGAGAAAGCAUCAAUCGCAGAGAAAAUAAAUAACGAUGUUGUUAGUGGAGAGGCGAGCAAGCAAACAAAGUCUAACAAGAAGAAAAAGAAAUCAUUGUUACAAGAACAAUUUAAUGAGGAGGAAAAUUUAUGUGAGGCUGAAUUGGAGAGUUUUGGAAAAAAGCUUAAUGAUUUUCCAAAGAAAAAGACAAAAAGUAGAUCACAAACAGACAUACCUCAUCAAGGAGAUGAUGGAAAGGCAAAAAAUUCCUUCACUGAAGUGAGAAAUGCAAUUGAAUUAGAAGAGGAAGAAGAGCUAAUUCAAGCCUAUCAGUUGCAUGUGGCUGAGAAUGAGAUAAAUGCAAUUAAAAAGAAAAUAAGGAUGAAACUUAAAGAACAGGUGUCUGAAUUUACCUCUGCUGUUCAAAGCAAUGAAGUUGCAUUGAGUGAUGAAGUGGGCAAAAAGAAGAAAAAGAAGAAAGAAGUAGCAGUUGUAUGCAAAGCUGAAACAAGUGCAAUGUCCCUUUCUGAGCUGCAGCAUCAUCCAGCAGAAGGUAAUAAUGAAAAUCAUUUAUUGGAAAGAGAAUUUGUAUCAGAAGAACAGAACCUGGAGGAAAGCAUGGAAAAACAGAAACCUAAAGCAAAGAAGGUUAAAAAGAAAACCAAAAAAGAAGAUAACACAGGCGUUUCUGCAGAAAAUGAUGAAGAAAUGAGGACUUCAGAAAUUUCAACUCAGUCUAAAUUUGGUUCUGAUGAUGAUCUUGUGUUGGGAGUUUAUAUCCAUCGAUCUGAUCGACUUAAGACUGAUCUUGUAUCUCAUCCUGUAGUUAAAAUCCAUAUCGUUGAUCAGAAAAGUGGCUUAUAUGUCAAAAAGGAACAUAGGGAGAGGAAAGUUGUGUCUUCCAACGAGGAAGAGCAAAUCGACUACAUUCUUCCUAUUAUGACACAGCCGUAUGACUUUAGACAGUUUAGGUCAACAGUCCCAGAUUGGGAGGAACAAAUCAUAUUUAAUGAGCGCUUUAAUUAUUUUAUUCAAAACACUGAGGAAAGCCCUCAAGUAAUUCUGUUUUUUGAGAUCCUUGAUUUUCUAAGUAUGGAUGAAGCGAGAGUCAACUCUGAUGCACAAAUUCAGGACUGUGGUUUCCGAAAAAUCUGCUGGGCAUUUCUAAAGCUUGUUGGUGCAAAUGGGGUUCUAAACGUUGAUGGAAGACUCCGUCUGCAAUUGUAUUACCCACCUUCAAAGACCAGGUCACAUUCAGACAUUGUUGAAGUUUAUGACUGGUGGGCAAAAUGUCCUAGAAGUCGUUACCCAUCAACUUUAUAUGUUACUGUAAGAGGCAUAAAACUGCCAGAUCAUGUUGCCCCUUCUUUCCAUUCUAUGGUGGCUGUUCAACAGGAACAAAGUAGUGCAACACUGUGUGAGCUCCGUGGGGAGGGAUCUAAAAGGUCAUGUGAAGUCAGUUCUCUAGAGGAGAAAAAAGAGCAGCUAAAGUGGUCAAGGCUUCCUGGACAGGCUUGUCGCAUUCCAAACAAACAUCUGUUUUCACUGCGAGGUGGAGAUAUGGGCUGUUUCUGUAUUCGUUUCUCUCAUGAUGGAAGAACCCUGGCAGCAGCAUGUGCAGGAAAGAAUGGCUAUCCCAUUGCUUUGUAUGAAAUUCCUUCUGGACAGUUCCUGAGAGAAUUCUAUGGUCACCUUAACAUAGUGUAUGAUCUUUGUUGGUCAAAGGACAGUCAACACCUUCUUACUGCAUCCUCUGAUGGUACUGUCAGAAUGUGGAAGAUUGAAACACAAGUUGCAUCUGCAGUGAAGGUUUUCCCUCAUCCUUCAUUUGUUUACACUGCUAAGUACCACCCAGUUUCUGACUCUUUGGUGGUGACAGGAUGUUAUGAUGCUGUAAUUAGAAUAUGGAAUGCCAGUGUGAAAGAAAUCCAUGGGCAACUGCUACAAGAGCUUGAUGGUCACAAAAGUUUCAUCAACACACUUUGUUUUGAUACUGAAGGGCUCCACAUGUUCUCAGGAGAUAGUUCAGGACUGAUAAUAGUUUGGGAUACGUCUGUGAAAGGAAGUUCUCAAUGCCUGUUUCAACACUGGAGAAUUAAUAAAGAAAUAAAAGAAAAUGAUCUUAAAGGAACUCCAAUAAAUCAUUUGGAGGUGCAUCCAAAUGGAAGACGUUUAUUAAUCCAUGCCAAAGACAGUACCCUGAGAAUUACUGAUCUCAGAAUCUUGGCUACAAAGAAGUAUAUAGGUGCUACAAAUUACAGAGAGAAGAUUCACAGCACUUUAACACCAUGUGGUACAUUUCUUUUUUCUGGAAGCGAAGAUGGAAAAGCUUAUGUGUGGAAUCCAGAGACAGGAGAUCAGGUGGCAAUAUAUUCUGAACUUUCCUUUACAUCUCCACUUCGUGACGUUGCCUUUCAUCCACAUGAACAUAUGGUGUCAUUUUGUGCCUUUGGUCAAAACCAACCAAUACUUGUAUAUAUUUAUGAUUAUAAAGUUGCACAACAAGAAGCUGAACUUGUAAAGGAUCUCAGCUCAUCGCUUAGCACAGCUUCUCCAAGAGGCCUGCAAAUUAGUAGCAGUUUUUCUGAAAUACCUAUGCAAAAAAGUUCAGUGAUGUCUCCAGCAGAUCAGUUUGCCAGUGUUGCAAGAACAUCAAUGCGAAUGCAAAAGCUGAAACAAAAACUUGAUUCUGUAAUGACAAGCUCAAAUCUCUUGCUUCCUGCUACAUCAUCACUGUCACCGCACUCCAAACUAAGACUGCCAAACACUUUGAGCGCUCCAUUGAAUCCUCUGUAUUCUUUCUCAGGUAAAAGCGGGUGUUUCAGCCCAGUAGGAAACCCUCUUAGCGGAACACUAUUGGGCAGAAUACAGAUGAGUGAUGACCGUCUAACUGCACUGGGGGAAAGAGGAGGAAGCAGUUGUCUGCUCAACCAAGAAACAGUAGUGGCUCUUUAUGACUACACAGCGCAUCGAUCAGAUGAGCUAACCAUCCAUCGCAGUGACAUUAUCCAAGUGUUAUACAAAGAUAAUGAUAACUGGUGGUUUGGCAGCCUAGCGAAUGGACAGCAAGGCUAUUUUCCAGCUAAUUAUGUGGCUGGUGAAAAAGAGUACGCAGAACAGCCUUCAGGACUAGUAUCAGACUGUGCUCCUCUUCUGCCCAAAGGACCUGAAGAAAUAGAGGAAAGUUCCCCAACACCCCAUAAGAUGUCACCAGUCAUCAGUAAGUCAGGAGACCUGAAGUGCAUCUCAGAGCAUGACACAGAUAGAGACUCACCUGCAACACAAAGCGUAAAGAAAAAGAAGAAAAGGAUACAGAAGAACGAGAUAGAAAAUCAGCCCUACUUAAUGGGUCUCGAUUCUCCUGUAUCAUCAGCUAAUGGUGUUGAAAAUGAACCUACAGCCCAUGGGGUGGAAUUGAAGAGGAAGAAAAGGGCGGUGAGAGGCUCAAACUUAAUCACAAGUGGAAAGACAAAUACUGCUUUUGAGCCUGAAUGCUAUGAUGUGUAGUCAUCAUUUAAUUCCAGAUACUGGUGUGACGUGCAGUAUACUCUUACAUUUGAAUGCUGCAACUGCAGCUUCACUUCUAGGAUUGACAAGAAAUCAACAACAACAAAGAAAUUAAUCAAAUGCACAAAAUGGUGCUGGUUGUGAGUUCCCAGUGGUGUAAGCCUGUUCAGAACAAUUUUGCUCAGGGUUCCUUGAAAUUAACAGAACUUGAAUGCUCAGCUCCUCACUGUACUGGUAAAAUCUGAAAUGGACUUUCAUAUUUCAUGAGAACUCCACUGGCAAAUGUAGUGUUAACCAUGUGAUUGUAUUCUAAGUCAGGCUGACCAGACAUUUCUGUGGACUGCAGAUCAGUCUACUGCAAGCAGAGAAUAGAGUCCUAAGUGUGAUCUAGAACAGAACAAGCCUGACCGCAACUGAAGUUCUUGAAUAAGCAUUUUAUGGUUUUGUUGUAAAAUUGAGCAGGUUUCAGAAUGGUGAAAUUUCAAAGGAAUGCUGAUGUGACAUUGUACCUGAAAAAAGAAGCUUUUAAGAAUUGUGUUCUCCUGAGGGGAAAUAUUCACUGGGACCACAUUUUGCAGCACUUAAGCGAAUGGUUUAGUAUCUAACUAUGCAACUGCUCUGACUUCAUGGAACUACCCAUGCUUACCAAUACAAGUAAGUGUUGCAGAUUCUAGGCACUUAUAUUUUCAAAUGAGGUUUUGUGCACAUAGUAAAAGGUGCAUUGCAGUUUUGUCAGAGUUCCUGGCUGCUUUGGCAGAAGUCUUGCCAAAUAUACAUUCUUCUGUCUGAAUGAAAUAUUUUAUUUGAAAUUGUGUUGUUUGCUUUACUUUUUCAGUUGUAUGUCAUUAAUCAUUUUUUGGGUUUUUUUUUUCUUGAGUAUUAUGUUGUACACUUUCACAAAUAAUUUCACUAAUUAUCUGCAAUUCUAAAUAAUUUAUGUUUUAUAUUAAAUGAAACACUUUCUAUCAGUUAGUGUUGAUAUUUUUUUCUGGCUGAUGAUGUCCAUUUUAUUUUUGCUCUGCUAGGAAAUUCUUCCUCCUCCCUCUCUGAAGCAAUAAAUAACAUAAAAUUAGAAAGCCCUUAUUUAGUAGACGAGGCACUUGAUUCCAUUAAAAAAAGAAGUGAGAAAAACAGUGUUGGGCAGUGAUGUGUGAAAUGCCCCCAGAUGCAGAGCACUAGUUUCUAUAUAUUUUAAUAUCUUCCCUGCACAUAUUUUAUAGCCAGAAGAAUCUGUGAACUUGUUUCUUUUCAGUGAAAAGGAGCAGAAGAUAUUUUUUUUUUAGUCCCAUUGGUAACAGUAAUUUGCUUACAAUCCUAGCUACAUGUCUAAGUUCAUGUGUGUAGCAAGUUCUCAUCUAAAUGGGGCAUGUAUGUGUACUAGAACAUUAGGAAUGUCUCUUUUCCAGUGGUCAGUUGUAUAAAAUUAUCUUAGUCCUGGGACUGCUGCUUUUGGCAAGGUCCCUGGCUUCUUACAUUGCUGCUUUUUUUGCAAUAUAUUUGAAUUUAAAGGGAUUUAAAGAAUUUAUAAUAGAGAAAAAUCUCAACAUCUUAGGUUGCUCUAAAAUAUCCUGGUUCAUACUUAAAAUAAGGGUAGAGCAUGUGACAUCAGGCUCCGCGUCAGGAAGAGCUGAGCAGUAGCCAAGAUCUGGGAGCUCAUUGGAAGGCAUUGUAAAACAUUAAUUUGGCAUUGUGGAUGCUGAAGACAGAAAUAACACUUCAGAUAAACACCACGGAGAGAUGGUAGUUCUAAUCAAAGGCACAGCACCUCCUUUCAUGCUUGCGAACUAGGGCUCCAAUUAUGUUCACUGCUCUGAAGCUGAAUAGAGCUGCUUUGCCACACUUUCCAAAUUGAGAGGAGAGGCAGCAGCAGUGUCUUCCAAGGCAUGGUUCCAAAUAACAAUUAAGCAGAAGAAAUCAGAUAAGAGCCAAGCAUGAAAAUGUGUGGAGUUGGAAAUAAACUUUUCAUAAUGUUUUCUUGUAAUUGCAAUAUCUUUUGUUUCUGUAAUUUUUUCCUCCCUACCACGUGCUUGGCUGGACUCUUCUAUUGCUUUAUAGCAGAUUACUGCUGUUUUAGAGCUUUUUGCAUUCGUUUGACAGAAAAUGAAGAAAAGUAAGGAUCUGCAAUUAAAAAUUAAAAACCAACUCCAAGUGUUCCUUCAGUAUUUAGGUUAGAACUUGCAGACAGAUCGCUUCUCAACAAAUUAUUGACAGGGCAUUAUAGAAAAGACAGUUUUUACUUUUUGUUUUCAAUUUUAGGAGUUUCUUCAUUCUUCAGAUAUUGUCAUUGGUAUUCUAAAGUUGCAAGAGAGUAAUACUUUUGAACAGUUUGGAAGAGGAUAGUGUUUUUUAAAUGGUUUGAAAUUAAACUUUCUAUAAUGCAUGUUAUUUCAAUGUUAAUGCAACCUACGUAUUUUUUUAUGUCACUUCAACAUGAACAUUGUAUACAUUUGCUGACAGUUGUCCAAGUACUUAAAAGAAUUCACGGCAAGUUCAGAAUACCUACUGAAAUUUUUCCUUGUUUGUGUAAGUUCAGGAACUAUAGUCAGUACUCUAAUACAUGAGUGCCCUGCAGAGUUGCUCACUAAGCCCUGAUAUGAAAUACCAGAAUUAAAAACAUCUGUUGGAGGAGUUUUUACAGGGUGAUACUGGUUCAUUGCUAGCACAACACAGAUAAAACCUUGUUUAAAAAAGGGUAAAUAGUGGAUAUUUAUAACUGCCUGGCGAUAACAGCACAGUAGGUCUUUCAUUGUUCUGGUGUUUUUUGAUUUUAUGUGUGUGUGUGGUUGCAACAUAGAGCUGCUAUUACAUUUUUAUAAUUUGGCAGAGAUAUUGUGAACAAUGAACGCAUAAAUUAACAAAAUAGGAACGAAGGGAUGGCACUUCUUUCCUGUGUUUCCCAAUAGCCUUCAGAUUGCAUUUAGUUUUUUCCUUAAAAUAGUUUGAGGAACAGACAGCGUAGAACACAAUAAGUGUAUUUGUAGCAUCACUUAAUUCAGAAGGCAAUAGGGGAUGGAUCACAGUCAAACAAGGGCUAAUGAGAACACAGAGGAACAUGACAACCGAAAGUCUCUGUUGACUAGUGAACUAAAUCUGCCGGCUGGACCCAAUUGUCUGAUGGAGAAUUGAAUGUCAGGAUCACUUAGGGUUAACAAUGGCCCAUUACAAGCAAAAGCAGACAGCUAUGAAAAAUAGCCGGCAUGGUCGCCGUUCUGCAGAGUCUGUGGAUGCAAACUUGAUAAUGAGGCACUUCAUUCACUACAUCCUUCUGCUCUAAUUACUAAGGUGAAUAGGAAAUACUUCAUUUAAGGCGGGAACAGACUAAAGCAAAAACACUUGUUUGGUAAACACAAAGAGUGAUGGGGGGGGUCUAAUGAUCCUUUUCUAGCACAUAUGAAAUUAGUAUGUGUGCAGUACAGCCUAUUUAAUGGAUGUGAAUUUGGGAGGGGAUAGGAGUGUUUUUGAACAGUAAAGGAGGGCUGAAAAGAUUCGUGUACAGGCUUGUGCUGAGGUUUCUUUCCUAAGUGUUCUAUCCUAUGGCUACAUAGAAUGUUUUGGACAAACUAAUAUGUGGAUGUACACCUGCACUUGUAAAAACAUAUUGCAUCAGUUCAAGGACUUACAUUGCUUGAAGUAUAAAUACGUGCAUUAGGAGAAGAACUGUUGCAUGUAAGGAAUAGAAACAAGCAGAGGUCUGAGAGAGGGAAAUAAGCAGCUUAAGAAGAAGACUACUGUGAGACUUGCAAGAAUGUGGCAAUUAGAAAUUGGAACUUAAGAAGAAGGAACAGAAGAUAGAGGGCAGGCGUGUUAGAGCAGAGCUUGGGUGUUUUUUGGACUUCAGAAAUUAAGAUAUUUAACCACUUCAUCUUUUGAUACAUUUAAAUGUUGUGCUAUUUACAGGAGCUUGGUUGAAAUCUUGGAGCCUGUGAUGAAUAUUCUCCUGUGGCUUCUCAGAAAUCCAUGACUCAGCCAUAACUUUGAGCUGGAAUCCAGAAAGCUCCACAUAUCUGGCCUAUGCUGUUGGGGGUGGCUGGCACUUUAGUUCCCUAAUUCUGCUGCUGGCACAGAUCUUUAGAGGGCACUUUUCUAGCUGUUGUCUGCUGCCAUGUGUGCCUCUACUUCGGUUUAUUGUCCUCUGGCCUCUUUAUCCACUGUAAAGCAGAGCAGUGAUGAGAACAUCACACACGACAUUUAUCUACUAGUUGGAGCAUCGUGUGUCAUACAAAUGAACUGUUAUACAGAAAUAUGCCUCACACACAGUGUUUCUGGCAAAUGCUGUGCCUGUUACAUUCUGGCUGGCUGCUGCCUUUCCCUUCAGGGCGCUCUGUUCUCCAGUGGUUACACGUGUAUUGAGAGUCCCAGUCCUGUAAGCUGCUCAGAGUCAAUGCACCGCUGUACUCAAAGCUCCAGCAGAGCUGGCCAGGCUUCUAGGAGCCACAUCAUGGCUGUAGUUUGUACAGCAAUGUACGCUGACUUAAAAGAUUGCAAAAAUAAUUUUAGCUGGCUCUCAUAAAUGAAAAUGAUAGCUCUGCUACGGAGUUCUCACCUACAAUUUCAGCUACCUGUUUUGUGUUGUUUUUUUUUUUGUUGUUGUUGUUGUUUUUUGUGAGGAUUUUUUCAGGCCAAAUUAAUUUGCACAGUUUGGUUGUGGCAAACAAGCUGAUGAGUCCUGUAUAAUGCUCAAAUGCAAAUACUCGGAAGAAACUGCAGAUGCCACAUUUAGAAGAAAAAUGUUUCCACACCGGUAAAGCAAUAUCAGUAAAAUCUAUGCACUGAGAAGACAUCACAUUCUUUUUGCACUUAUAUCUCCUGCACAGGCAGGGAGCAUAAUAAACUAGUGUGUAGCAGCUGUAAAUUUUCUGAGGAUUUAUCUAACCACAAAUACAUCGAAAUGGGGAAAUAGGGCUAUAUUAAACUGCAAGAUGCUGCUGGAACUCAGCCACUUCUGCAACAUCCUGUAAUUAAUUUAUUAUGACAGGUCUGGCAAACUGAAACACUCAAUACACUUGCGACAGACUGUUAUGAUAUAGCUGUUUGAAAACCCUGAAGUCACAUAAAAUGCAGGUAUAACUGGAAAGGAAAAAGAAAAAAAAAAAAGCAUCAGCCCAACAUUGCCCUUAUUUCUCUGAAUCUAGAAAUCUUUCCCAGAGCCGCAUUUGCUAACAUCAGGCAGUGUCUGUGGCAGAGGCAGAGCAGCGUAUGAGCUGAAAAGGAAAUCCUUGCAGAAUAUAUUGGCUUAGAUCCUACUCUGCCGGGAGUCAGAAGGGCAGUUAAUGAUGUUCGGUGGGCAUGCUCAGAGAAGGAGCCCUUUUUUCGUACGCUGAGUCAGUGCAGGCCCCAUGAAAUUCUGAACUGGAGCUGAAACACUCAGCAAUGGUUUAAUUUUCCUUUGAUUGCUCCUUAUCUUUGGUUUUUUGCCCAUGCUAAAAACAUUCGAUUUUACUUAAUAACAGUGAAGAGAUUCCAACGAAAUUCUAUGAGCUGCGGAAUGAAUUGGUACAAAUUUCUCACAAACCAUUUUUUUAUGUCUCAUUGUUUUGUUCUGAGGGAGAUGAUUAAAGUAGGUUCUCCAUGCACUGUACGACUGUAUCAAUAGAAGAAAAUCCUUCUUCCCGCCUUCCCAAAUUUUCUUAAGAAGAAUAGGUGGUUUUGCUUCUGUGCUUUCACUUCUUGUUUUAAAGUGCACAAAUUAAGCCUUUCUGAGUCUAUCCACAUCUGCAGGUGAGAGGAGCAUGGUAAAUGCAAUUAGUGCAUCUCAUUUGGCAGUGGUUGUUUAUCACAGACUGGAAAUGUUCCUUUAGUUCCACUACAAAAGUGGUUUCUUUUGCCAUUGCGUCAUCAAACAUUUUUUUUUCUGUGUAUGUCAUGGGGAUUUUUGACACCUUUGCAAGGACACUUUGUGAAGCAAGUUAAUUUUAUGUUCUGCGUUAGUUUUAGUGCUUAACGGAAGUGUACAGUCUUGGCUAUAGGAGUGACAUCAGCCCCAGACUCAUUAAAAGAAAUGCCAUCUAAAGCCAAGCUCCAACAGCCCACAUAAGCCUAUAAUAAGCUUACAGGGGGUGGUUAAUCCCCAUUGUAGUUUGGUAUAAUGUCAUAAAGAGAAGAUGACAUCAUGAAAAGGGCAGAAGGGGCACUCAGCGCACUCUGCAUUGUGGCCCAGGACACCGGCCAGACUCCCUCCCCAUCCCUGCUAAGCAGCAGCAUGGCUGGUCCUGACUGGGCCCAAGUUGCUUCUGAGGGUGUCUAAAAGCAUCUUUUCUGUUAAUGCAGGUGGAAUGCUCCUACAACUCUGAGGUAGGGCUGCUCUGAGCUGGCAUGGGCUCAGGCUCACUGCUUUCCAGGUGUGAGCUGAGUCCUUAAACCAGCACAAGUGAGGAGGCUGGAAGCUCUGACAGGCUCCUUGCCACAUACUUGAGUGAAAUGGUGGCUGCAGCUGCUUUUUCUUUCCAUUCUAUCAGGCGAGGUUGUUGUUUUUUGUGUUUUCUGUGUUUUUUUUAAAGAUAGAAAAAGCCUUCGAUGACAGUUCUUGGAAUUCAGCAUUGCUGGAAUUUAGCUCCUUAUACUCUUUGGCAACAAAAUAGCUUAGGGUUUCAGGUCACAUUUGGAAACUUGAGCAACCAGCAUUUGCUGAGAAUCCCCGAAGGCAGUUUUUUGACAUCAGGUUCAUAUGCCAAGAGGUAUAGACUUGGCUGCCUGAAAUUCAGUCUGUGAAUAGCCUGAAUUCACAAGGUGGGAAGAAGAAAUCUGUUAAUGCCCAGGUUCUGAUUGUUGAACAAAUUGUUGAGGGGCAGAAACCCAUGUGAACACUAUCUGAAAGUACCAUUGCCUGCCUCCUGUUCUCCCCGUUACUGAGAUCCACCGCUCAACACCUCAGAUUAAUUCAGAUUAUCAUGUAGUAAAAGCCUGAUUCACCUUGGCUCACCAGGAGAGCUUUGGCUUUUAUUACUUCUUUUUCUGGAUAAUACUUAGUAUUCAUUUUUUCAUGCCAGUAAAACAGACAUGAGCCAAUAUAGGGCCAGUAACUGAUAGUCAUAUCACCACCAAUGAAGGUUCCUCCUUGGCUAUGAAAAACUGAGAGGAUUGGAGGAGAAUUUCAUAAAACUGAAAUUCCUUUCUGCCUAAGCAACAAGUGCACAUAGACUUAUUCUGCCACGAAAAGAUUAGCCUAACAUUUAGCUCCAGUUGCUUAUUCUAGGAAUAAGUUUUACAUGGAGAGGAAAGAUCAAGUGCUGUAGCACGCUGAGGUUGACACAUGGCUCAGACAAAGCCAAGAUUCAGUCUUUGUAGGCUGAGGUUGCUUCACUGAGUCAUCCUAACUUUGCCAGGUUCCCACGCUAGGAGUAGCACUGUAACAUCCAUGAAUGUGUUGGGGUAUCACUUUUUUUUUAAUUAUUAUUGUUUUCCUUUUUUGAAUGUGUGGUAAUAUGUAUUGGAAACUUAUCUCUGUAUCACUGAAGAAACCUGUUCCUAAUUUGUUUGAACUCUUGGUAUCCUUUUUUCUGGAAAACUGCCAUCUUAUUGUGGACCUGGAAUCAGGCAAGCUUAGAGCUUUUCUUGGGACUCUACAGUGCAAGACACAGCUUCCAAAUUUGAAGACAUGCGUAUCUGUACCUGAAACUUCAGCUGGGCAGUAGUUAGCCUCUCUUGCAGAGUUCCCUUGUGCCUGGAAGUUUCUUGCAUGAGAAUAUUUUGCAGGGUCAGAUUGGAUUUCACAAGUUCAGGCAGAAAGAAGCAAGGGGUUUGCUUGUGCCAUGCCAAGCCCAUACACUUGCCGUUUGAUCCUGUGCACAGCCAGCAGAGGAGCACGCGAGCAGCACGCUGUCACUUUGCUGCUUGGUGCAGAAGCACAGAUCAGGCACACUGAGGACCCAGGACUUAACGAUGCUGCUCCCACCCUCCCUCAGAACCCUUCACCACCCCCUGCUGGCCUCCUGCCUCUGCUCUAGCAUUCCAGCUAUGAAAUGGAGAAAUGGGAUGGGUGGCAGCAUGCCAGGCGCCUGGGCACCAAAGCCCACGCCUCUCUCUGGCGGACACCCUGCCAUCCAUCCCCAGUGACUCACUUCUUCGUACAGCUCAAAGAACUUAUUCACUCCUGGACAAAUGUGUGCAAAUAUUGAUAGAGCUGCCUUGUUUUGUACCGGCCUUUUUGAAGCACGGGGUUUUUGUUUAGGUUGGUUGGCUGGUGGUUUGCUUCUAUCAUUAUAACUUUCUUUGACUGGAAAGAUUUGAAUGGAACUGGUUUUUGCUGCUUCUGCCCUAACGUGCUGAAGCAUCUGCUCUGGGAGGAAAUGCACUUCACCAAAUUCAGUGUAAAGCUGUGGAAUCACAGUGCUCUCCAAACACCAAGGAAAUAAUUUCACAGAGUAUGUCGAAGUGGCUUUUUGUUUCCAUUUUGUUGGAUGUAAUUUGCAUCUGUUUUCAUGGCUUUUUUUCAUAAU